AUGCCAAAUGCUGGUGAGCUACUUUCAAAUGUUGGUGAGGAUAAAAUGAAGGAGUUGUUGGUUGAACCUUUGAAUCAAUUGCAAUCAGAUGACACAAGUGGUAGUAUUGCAUGGGCACUUGACGAUGUGUUUGCCAAAGUGAUGGGUAAGGAGUGCAAAUGUCGUAUUUGUGGGGUAGGAUUUGGUCCAAGCCCAAGUAGCCGAAAAAGCAAGAGUGCUCUCACGGUCCUUCAAAUACAAUCAAGUCAAUCAAGGGACAACGAAGUUGCACAACUGAAGGCUUCAUUGGCUAAGAUGCAGGAGAAAUUGUCCUCUUUUGACAAAAUGAAGGAAAGACUUAGCCAAUUCGAAGAGAUGGAUCAAUGA